CCUAGUUUUGAUGGAUGCAUGUGGUUUGAGUUUCAGGAGUCCGUCACAAAACGUUUUUUUAGACGAUAACUGUUGCUGAUCAUUAGCCACACAUCCCUGAGAACACCGAGACCCCAUACAGACAAGCAUGCCGGAGAUUAAAGCAGUUCCUUUGGGUGCAGGACAAGAUGUUGGGAGAAGUUGCAUCCUGGUCAGUAUUGGUGGCAAAAAUAUUAUGCUGGACUGUGGCAUGCACAUGGGGUACAACGAUGAGAGGCGGUUCCCAGACUUUACCUACAUCACCCAGUCUGGGACUCUCAACGACCACCUGGACUGUGUCAUCAUCAGUCAUUUCCACCUUGACCACUGUGGCUGUCUGCCCUACAUGACAGAGAUGGUGGGAUAUGACGGACCCAUCUACAUGACUCACCCAACUAAAGCUAUCUGUCCCAUCCUUCUGGAGGACUACAGGAAAAUCACAGUGGACAGGAAGGGAGAAAGCCAGGCCAACUUCUUCACUUCUCAGAUGAUAAAAGACUGCAUGAAGAAAGUCGUUCCUGUCAACUUGCACCAGACUGUGCAGGUUGAUGAUGAGUUGGAGAUCAAGGCUUACUAUGCAGGCCAUGUGUUGGGGGCAGCCAUGUUCCUCAUCAAAGUGGGCUCUGAGUCAGUCGUAUACACGGGGGACUAUAAUAUGACACCUGACAGACAUCUGGGAGCUGCGUGGAUAGACAAGUGCAGACCUGAUCUCCUGAUCACAGAGUCCACAUAUGCCACCACUAUCAGGGACUCAAAAAGAUGCAGAGAAAGGGACUUUCUGAAGAAAGUGCAUGAAACAAUAGAGAAAGGCGGAAAGGUUCUCAUUCCAGUAUUUGCUCUUGGAAGAGCCCAGGAGUUGUGCAUUUUACUAGAGACCUUUUGGGAGAGAAUGAACAUCAAGGCUCCAAUCUACUUUUCAACUGGCCUAACCGAGAAAGCCAACAACUACUACAGACUGUUCAUCACUUGGACCAAUCAGAAGAUUCGAAAGACCUUUGUCAAGAGGAACAUGUUUGAGUUCAAACACAUCAAGGCGUUUGAUAGGUCCUACAUUGAGAACCCUGGGCCCAUGGUUGUCUUCGCCACCCCAGGCAUGCUCCAUGCAGGUUUGUCACUACAGAUCUUUAAGAAGUGGGCUCCUGACAGCAAGAACAUGGUGAUCAUGCCAGGCUACUGUGUGGCAGGGACAGUCGGACACAAGAUCCUGAACGGGAUCAGGAAGAUCGAGUUUGAGAACAAGAAAGUGCUGGAGGUCAGGAUGGCUGUAGAGUAUAUGUCCUUCAGUGCCCAUGCUGAUGCCCAGGGCAUCAUGCAGCUGAUCAGGUACUGUGAGCCGAGAAACGUCAUGUUGGUACAUGGAGAGGAGCAGAAGAUGGACUUCCUCAGCAAGAAGAUCACACAGGAGUUUGGUGUUCAGUGUUUCUUCCCAGCCAAUGGGGAGACAGUAACCAUAGAAACCAACCCCAACAUCCCUGUGGAUGCUUCACUCAACCUGCUGAAGAGGGAGGCAUCUUUGACAGGACUGCCUGACCCCAAACGACCCAGAGUGCUACAUGGUGCCCUCAUUAUGAAGGAGAAUAGCCUGCGCCUGGUGUCUCCGAGCCAGGCUAUGAGAGAGCUGGGACUGAAGGAACAUGAGAUCAGAUUCACCUCCACAGUCACCAUCCACGACCCGCAGCCCACACAGGGCACCGUGGAGAGGCUAUACACACAUCUCAAGGGUAUACUGAAGGACCACUCCAUCCAACACAUGCCUGAUGGAUCUGUUAUGAUCGACUCGGUGCUUAUUAAGGUGUCUGGGUCUUCAGAAGAGGAGGAGACCAAGGAUUUCUUAGUGUCAUGGCCCUAUGAGGAUGAGGACUUGGGUAGUCACCUGAUGACACUUCUGAGAAAAGGUCUGCCCAAAACUGUGGAGGCCUGAAGGAUUCUUCAUACUAUUAUUCCAAGAACUAAGGAGGGGGAGGGUGCUAAAGGAUGGAAACAUCUUGAUAUAGAACUGUAGCCGCAUAAUGCCAAGUUGGAGGCUUCAGUAUCAGGAUAGCAGACAUUUUACGAAACUUCAGCUGGAAAAUACUGUACUAGUGUAUAGCAGAUCACCCAGAAGGAAAAGUACUGGGCAAAGGAUUUUUUGUAUGCACCAUUAGAGGAGUUUGAUACAGGAAAGACUUACUAGAUAAUUUUGCCAUUGUACAAAUUGACAACACCCACCACAACAACAGUAAGCAUAUGCCAAAAAACACUAAGUAACAGUAAGCAUAGUUGGGCCCCAAAUACUAUUACUCAGACUACACUAAACCAUAUUAUACAUGUAUGUGUGACUGUAAAUAGAUUUAAUAAACUUCUUUUUCUUAUUUCCUGGGUCAAACGUAUGAUAAACACACAGUGAAAAGCUUCCAGCUGGCAUGAGUCAUUUUAUGUCUAUUGUCAGCGCUGUUGUAAAAAAACACGAACGCCAUGACAUCAUUGUGUAGAGGACACCGUGAAGGCCGCGGUGACCUGGCACGUAUCGUGCGACAUGACUCACCCCUUGUGCUGUGUGCCGAGGGAAAACAUUGGCCAAUCAUUAACGCACUGUAAAAACCGUCGGCAAAUAAACGGUGACACUUGCACCAUGCACUGCUUAUCACGGUCUAAUCAAUCCCCAUUGAAACGCCCAGGUGGAAACUCUCCACGUCAUUGGACAAGCAGCCAUUUGUGAAAUGGGGGUGGGGGGCGACUAAGGUGUUGUUAAUCUUACCUAUUAAACACCUGCAAAUUAUUGUUAAAUGGAGACGAAUUAUUGACUAGAUUGAAUCAAAUUGGUCAGAGGUUAGGGGUAGACAAUGGGUCUUUUAAGUUUGGCCUUUUUAAGAUUUACCUUUUAGCAUACGAUUAGCCUAAAAUUACUUCUGUAUCAUUCAAGCUAAAAAUUUACAUUCUAUCACAAUCUAAGACAGUUUAAUUUCUACUUUCCCAUUGGUCCUGAGUGAAUUUCAAAUAGUUGUCUGACCAAUAGGAGAAGAUAUUAUUUGAGAAAAAUAAGUCAUCAAUAAGGUUACAAUGUUUACCAUACUUGUUACCGGUAUUGACAAGUUUUAAUCUGAUAUAAGGCUGAAUUCAAAUUUUGUAUCAACCAAUCAGACUGCAAUUUCAUUUCAGACAUGUGACAAUCAAAUCCUAUCCAACUGAAAACAUGGGUCAUUCGUGGUCAUUAAUAAUGAGGCACGGUCAUAGAAAGGGCAGACUAGUUGAGUUAAUAUUUCACCAGUGUGCGAGCUGUGUAGAUUAGGGUAGAGCUCUGCAACCAUUAUGAAACAGUCUAGUUAGCUAUUGGCUUAUGUCAAUCCAUAUCUGUUUAAUCUUUCUCAAUAUGAGACAAUGGAACAGUACUGUUACAAAAGACAUGAAAUAAUGGGGCAAAAAUGACCUGCCUCUCAUUUUUAUUUGUAAGCUCUACCAAUUGUGCAGAAUUUUACAAUUCCACAUAUGAUGUCAUAUAUCCUGUUGGACUAUCUCUGAGAUAAUCUCAUUAACUGUGUACACCAUUCAAACAGGACUGGACAGUGGAAAAAGAACUUUUAAGAAAAUAUACUAGUAACAUAGUUUGGGGUGUUUGUAAUUUUGUAACAUUUUAUUAUCCCACUUCAUUUUGAGGAACUGCUUUCAGUUUCCUUUCCUCCAUAGGACAGUUGACUCAAUAGAAAACUUGCAUCAAGCUGUCCAAAAAAG